AUGACUUUAAUUUUUCUAAUAUAUGAUAAAACAUUGAAUGUGUUACAUGCCACCAUUUUACAGUAUGGUAGGAUUGAUUCUAAUAAUCAAAAGAAUAAUCAGGAUCAGAAGAAGGGAUUAAAUAAAAUUGAACAAUAUUUUACAACAUUAACCUUACCAAAAAAAUGGUUUAAAUAUUUUUAUUCAUUUGGCACAAUAUGGAUUAGUUUAAUAAUACUAGAAAUUUUGAUUUUGCCAGCAACUACAACUACAUCAGGAGUAAAUAAUUAUGUUAAUCUAUUUUCAAAAAUGGUCAAUUUUAUUGAUUAUGAAUUACCAAUGAAAUUUUCAUGGGUAAAUUACUUGGAAGAAGAAGAAGAAUAUAAUUAUUAUAAGAAACAGCCAUUGUCUGAAACUAUAUUGGCAAUGAUAAUGAUUGAAAUACAGGUUUUGCGUAGAUUCUAUGAAAGUUAUUUCAUAGAGAGACCAUCCGAUACAUCCAAAUUCCAUUGCGAUGACGUGUGGACAAAAGAAGUUGAAUUUGUGGACUUUUUUUCUUGGAACAUAAUUUUAGCUUUAACAUUAUUUAUUUAUGGAUCAUACCAUCAAAAUAUUUUACAUCGUAUACUUGCUUCAUUACGUUCCAAUCAAAACCACUCAACUUACUCAGUUCCUAAAGGAGAUUGGUUUAAUUAUAUUUCAUCACCUCAUUAUUUCGCUGAAAUAUUAAUUUAUGUGAGUUUUGUAAUAUUGACAAAAGGUCUUAUAAUAACCAAUUGGAUAAUAUUGAUAUGGGUAGUGGUGGCGUUAAGUUCUGUAGCUAAAGAGAAUGAGAAAUGGGCACAAACCGAUGCACCAGUAUCUCAACCAAUUGUUCCUUUCAAUCCUAAAAGAGUUUAUAAAGUUGCCCGUUACGUCAUAAAUAGUUUCUAUGAGAAUGUAACGGGUCCAUUCCUACCCUCAAUAAUCCAAUAUGGUUGGCAUAAAUUAUCAAGCGAACGAAUUGAAUCUUUUACAGCAAAAAAUAUUAUAUACGGUCCAAGACCAAGAAAUCGUUUGGAUGUUUAUGUUCCAAAUAGACUCUCAACGACAACACUUAAAGGUCAUCAUGAAGAAAAUUUAUUGUUUGCAAAUAAUAAUAAUGAAUCUCCUGUUAUAAUAUUUAUUGGCAAUUCUUGGAAUUCUGGAAACAAGGCGACUUGUAUGCCAUUUGCAAAUAAUCUUCAAAAUCAAGGUUAUGUGGUGGUAGUUCCUGAUAUCACUUUAUAUCCACAAGGUAAAAUUUCAGAGAUGGUAUCAGAUGUACAAAAUUGUAUUUAUUGGACACAUUCUCAUAUCAGGCAAUAUAAAGGAGAUCCAUCACAAAUUUAUUUGAUGGGACAUUCAGCCGGUGCUCUCAUUUCUGCUUUAACUGUGGUCCAUAAUAUUUGUGCUACUUUACAUGUCCUGCCAUUCAACAACUCAAGUAUACAUCUUCCUGUGUUUAAUAAUAAUCCAUUUAAAAGAUCCGAACUACCAAGAAUUGCUGGUUUAAUGUUAUUUUCUGGAGUUUAUGAUGUGACUUAUUAUUAUGCAUAUUUACAUAAUAUGGGACUUGAACAAGUUCAUGCUAUGCCAAGAGUCAUGGGGAACACAUCUGAAUCUUUUCUUCAAUGCUCUCCAACUUAUUUACUAAGUAAACUAUUAUCUCGUCAUGAUCUUCGAGAACAAGUUAAAAUGAUGUUACCAAAAAGAGUAGUUUUAAUUCAUGGUGAAAAUGACAAAUUUACUCCAACAACAUCAACUAAGAACUUUUUCCAACUUUUAGAUUCAAUAGGGAUGGGUACUUCAUUCGUUCAAUUAAAAAUCUAUAAAGAUCUUAAAUAUGUAAGUCCACUUACCGACUUAAUUGUUCCGACGAAAAGGUUGUGUGUUCUAUUAUUAGAAGAUGUUAAAGAAUGUUGCAAGGGCAAUUUGGGUAUGGUGAUGAUGGGUGGAAGAUUAUCCGAAAAGAAAAAUAGUGACAACGAUGACGAAGAAGAGGAUAAAGGGUUUGGCGAAGAAGAAUUAGAUUUCAUUGAUAAACUUUACAAUGAAAAAUCAACAAAAAAACAUCUAAUUCUACGAAACGUCAUUAAUCUUUAA